UUCCGGCCGGUACUGCCGUGCGAGCUGCUCCCUCCCAUUCCCGCUAUAAAACACGCGCGUGCGUCCAGGCCAUUGGAGGCUCCAACCCAUUCUGUUUAGCCGCUAGCUGGUGCUGGUACCGCUCGCCCCACUGACCCCAGCCCGCUUCUCCUUCUUCUCCACCCCAUUCUGUCUGCCCCUGUGUCGUGUGCUGCCGGCGUGAACCGGAUGGAGAAGGCGAGGCGGCGGCAGGUGCCGGCGUUCGGGGAGUGGAACUACUGCUACUACUACGACGAGCCGCCGGCCGCGGUGGCGGUGGCCGUGGCGGCCGAGUGCUACGCGCCGGAGCCGGAGGCCUGCAGCGACGUGUGGUUCAGGUACUCGCCGCCUCCGCGUAAGCCCACGCCCAAGAAGACGCGGAGGCCGGACAAGGGCGACGUGGCCCGUCGGGAGAAGGGGGAGAGGCGCGGUGCCAGUGCCCUGGACGCUGCCGCCGGCCUGCCGCGCGCCACAGCCAAGGCCGGCUCCAGGGUGGUGCGCCCGGUCGACGAGGACCUGUACCAGGUGCCUCCGCCGGAGUUCACCUCCCGCCGCCCAAGGCGGAAGAGGAGCCUGCUGAUGGGUUGCCUGGGCCUCAACUCAUGCGUCGCCUGAACCUGUGUGCCAAUGGGAUGCUGCGCGGUCUAUUCUAGAGUGGUAGUGGUAGUGUUCACUAGAUUGAGUGAGUGCUGGUUCUUUCUUGUUGUGUGUUAUGUAGUUUUGAUCUCUUGGGCAGUUGGGCUAGUGAUCACUUGUAAUGCUCUCGAGCUGUUUAUUCCACCAUUAGUUUGUAUACGCAGGUCUCAUGUAGUCAUGUGUUAAGCUUGGUCAGUGAGUCGAUGGUGUAGAUCUAGGCAUGUUUGGAUCGUGUCCAAAAUGUACCCUGCUCCAAUAUUUUGGCCAGGAUCCAAAAAUAGGUACCAGUGUUGCCUUA